CAAAUAUCUCAAAAGAGCUGUUGCGCUUUCAAAAGGGGGCGUGGCUGUCUGAAAACGUGGGUCACCCGAGAACGGAGAUUGGUGGGUUUCCAAAUAAGUUCGCCUUGCUCGGAGCGCAAAUAUACGCACGGUAGGAAGGGUGAAAUUUAAGUGUAGCGAGUUUUUGUGAGGUUAGAGAAUAAGAAUGAGAUGUCACAUGUCUGCAACACAACAGAUAAUUAAGCUUGUCGCUGGCUGCAACAAGCGCGGAGUAGCUCGUGCUCCACCACAAACCGCGUCCUUCUCAGCUCCCGCACUGUGCUAGGCAGUCAGCACGUUGUCAGGGACCCAGUUGUCCCUAGCCCAGACCCAAUCAGGAGAGCUGUCUUUAACAGAAAGGAGUUAACUUCACCCACAAGCCAGAAUGUAUGAUCCCCUAGAUUUUAACUGCUCUGACAUAUCUAGCACUUUUGUUUGAGAAGACUUAUUUACAGUACGUUUGGGUAGCCUACUGUUGGCUUUCUGAUUGGGUAAAAGCAAAGUAACGAAAUAGCCAAUGAAAAAGUAGACCUGCAAAAAUCGUUUGCAUUCGCAUUUGUGACGACAUUCUAAAAUUAAUCCAAUCGUAAGCGAAAUCCUAUUAACUUCAUUUGAAUACCGCAUCUAUAAAUAAAUGCGACGUUGCCAGCAGUGACUAUUUUCCCAGGUGCUUGCUGUAGUGUUGUGUCUUUUCACAUUACCAUGCCUGAACCCACCAAAUCGGCCCCAGCCCCUAAGAAGGGCUCCAAGAAGGCGGUGACCAAGGCGCAGAAGAAGGAUGGCAAAAAGCGCAAGCGCAGCCGCAAGGAGAGUUACUCGGUUUACGUGUAUAAGGUACUAAAGCAGGUCCACCCCGACACCGGCAUCUCAUCCAAGGCCAUGGGCAUCAUGAACUCGUUUGUCAACGACAUCUUUGAGCGCAUCGCGGGUGAGGCAUCGCGUCUGGCGCAUUACAACAAGCGAUCGACCAUUACCUCCAGGGAGAUCCAGACAGCUGUGCGCCUGCUGCUGCCCGGGGAACUGGCCAAGCACGCCGUGUCCGAGGGCACCAAGGCCGUCACGAAGUACACCAGCUCCAAGUAAACUUACCAAGGGGGAGAGAUGGCUGCAGAGAAGAAAUGAAUGCAAACAGUAACUGAAAAGUUAUGAUUAUGAAAAAUCUGAUCUGUCUGAUAACAACUGGACUAAUAUGUACACCAAGUCCAAAUCCAAGCCAUCCAUCCUGGUUUGCUGCACAUUAAUUUAUCAAUGUCAGCCAUUGCCUGAGUGGACAAGCCUAAACAAGGGGUUUUAUCUUUUUCAUCUUAUUUUUUGUAUGAGUUACCAAAAAUAGAAUUUACUUCUGUAACAGGCCUAGUUACUGGAAAUUCAUUAUUUACCAUGGACUGCCUUUGCUGGGAGAAGUUUGAAUGAGAGCAUGACAGUACAUCUGUAAAUGAAAUGUUACAAUUAAUAAAGUCUGUGGAGAAUUGGAA